AUGAGCAAGUUUGGCGCCAUGAUCAUGGGCCCGGCCGGCGCAGGCAAGGCACGCUCCACCUUUUGCGCCGCCCUCAUCACCCACCUGCAGCUCAACCGUCGGUCCGCCUUUUACGUCAACCUCGACCCCGCCGCCGAGUCGUUUGAGCACACGCCCGACCUCGACAUCAAGGAACUCAUCUCCCUGCACGAUGCCAUGGAGGAGGUCGGCCUCGGGCCCAACGGCGGCCUCAUCUACUGCUUCGAGUUCCUCAUGCAGAAUCUCGACUGGCUCACCGAGGCGCUCGACAGCUUGACGGAAGAAUAUCUCAUUAUCAUCGACAUGCCCGGUCAGAUCGAGCUCUACACCCACAUUCCCAUCCUGCCGACGCUCAUGAAGUAUCUCUGCCAACCCGGCUCCCUCGACAUCCACAUGGCCGCCGUCUACCUGCUCGAGGCCACCUUUGUCGUCGACCGCGCCAAGUUCUUCGCCGGCACGCUCAGCGCCAUGAGCGCCAUGCUCAUGCUCGAGGUGCCGCACAUCAACGUGCUGUCCAAGAUGGACCUGGUCAAGGGGCAGGUGAAGAAGAAGGACCUCAAGAGGUUCCUGACGCCCGACGUCGGCUUGAUCGAUGACGAUCCAGUCGAGCGGAGCAGGCGCUUGAGGGAAGGCGGCGGCGGCGAUGACGACGACGACGGCGACGACGACGACGAGUCGAAGCGGCCCGACGAAAAGGCCCAGAUCAUGAAGGGCGCGAGCUUCCGGCGACUGAACCGGGCCGUCGCCGGCCUCAUCGAGAGCUUCAGCAUGGUCAACUACCUGAAGCUCGACGUGACAAACGAGGACAGCGUGGCGGCCAUCCUGAGCCACAUCGACGACUGCAUCCAGUACCACGAGGCGCAGGACCCCAAGGAGCCCAACGACGACGAGGAUGAGGACCAGGACCAGGACCAGGACGGUCACGAAUGA